AUGGAAGCGUUGAUGUCACACUUUUUGCUGACCGCCCGAAAUAAACUGACGCUACCAAAAGGUGACACUCUGAGCCUUAGAAAGAACGAGAUCCACACUUGCGAGAGCUUCGUUCAGUUCGAGGAUCUCCGCAACGAAACUCUUGAACCCUCUGACGCCUUGGAGACGACCGUUUUUGACAACAGUGAUACGUCUUCCGUCAGUGAUGACAGCAUCUGCAUCAAACGUGAAAGAGUCCCCCCGUCUCGAUCACAUCCAUUUUCCAUCGAAUCCAUAUUGCGAGACACCAAGCCGAGUCCAGCAGGAAGCUCUUCUCCUGCAGUGAUUACAAGUGCGUUCUUACCAAAUCCUGACUUUACCUAUAUGGAUGUACAGCGUGGUAAAACUGAGCGUCUGGUCAGUGACACGUUCUGGUGUCACGUGUGCCAUGCUUUCUGUAAGGACGCUAUUGAUGCACAGCGCCAUCAUACGAUACACAAGUUCGAGGGAGCCACUUGUAGUCUCCGGAAGUCGCUUCACGCCGUUCACGGUUUCGUCACGAGUCACGUGCGACUUAACGAAGAGAAAAUCCAAUGCAGCCUCUGCGACAGUGCCGUUUCUCCGUGCUUUUUCAACAAACACCAGCGUCUUCACAACGCCCAUAUCUGCGGCGUCUGCCGAAAGGAGUUUUCAACAAGCAGCCGCCUGAAAGAUCACAUGAACGUCCACAUUGGAGCAACACCUUUUGCGUGCACCAUUUGCGACAGGAAUUUCUCUAAAAGGUCUUCGCUGACACUGCACUACCGCUACCACAGGGACCACGGUAGUUUCCAGUGCGAAUACUGCUCAAAGAAGUUUAACAGCAAGUACGCAUGCGUGGUUCACGAGAGACUCCACACGGGAGAUAACCCAUUUCGGUGCUCGAUUGCUGGAUGCGGAAAGAGUUAUCCUCAAAAGAUCCAACUGAAACUUCAUAUGUGCUCCAACAACACUCCACUUAAUCUGAGCCUCAGAAAGAAUGAGAUCCACACUUGCGAGAGCUUCGUUCAGUUCAAGGACCUCCGCAACGAGACGGUUGAAUCCUCUUACGACUGGGAGACGACCGUUUUUAUCAACAGUGAUACGUCUUCCGUCAGUGAUGACAGCAUCUGCAUCAAACGUACAGAAGUCACCCCGUCUGGAUCACAUCCAUAUUCCAUCGAAGCCAUAUUGCGAGACACCAAGCCGAGUUCAACCGGAAGCUCUUCUCCUGCAGUGAUUACAAGUGCGAUCUUUCCAAAUCCUGACUUUACUAAUAGGGUCUCACAGCGUGGCACGGCGGAGCGUCUGGUCUGUGACGUUUUCUGGUGUCACGUGUGCCAUGCUUUCUGCAUGGACGCUAUUGAUGCACAUAGCCACUAUACGAUACACAAGUUAGAGGGAGCAACUUGUAAUCUCCGGAAGUCGCUUCACGCCGUUAACGGGUUCGUCACUCGCCACGUGCGGCUUAACGAAGGAAAGAUCCAAUGCAGCCUCUGUGACAGUGCCGUGUCUACGUGCUAUUUUACCAAACGCCAGCGUCUCCACAACGCCCAUAUCUGUAGCGUCUGCUUGUUGAAAACUAAGUAA